UCUGCCUUCCUCCCCCCCUCCACAUCGCGUCUCCGCUCUCUGCUGGCAGGUCACCGUCCAUCUCCUCCUCACCAUCAUCGCCGUCGUGCUCGCCAUUCUCGGCACCCCUCAUAGCAUAGACACAAUACCUCGCAUCGGUGAUACUCCCACGUCACUCGACCUCUCGUCGCCCCUUGCUCCAUGACCCUGGCCUAACGCACAACAAUUCCCUUUUGCACACUCUCCUGGACAAUUACUCCUCACCACCACACGUCCCAUCACACAUCUUUCAUAAAGCAUCACACCAACAAGCUCUCCAUCUCUCUCAUCUCUCUCUCCUCCAUCUCCCCUCCUCCCCCCACUCCCCACCAUGCGCCCGCUGGGUUAUGACCCACAUCCCGCCCUCCCCGGCCAAGGCCUCGCCAGCACAGGCCUUCGACCACCCUCACUCAACCACAACGUCCACUCAUCCCCUCUGAAGCGCCCGCUCUCGCCAACACCCGCCCCCGCCUCCCCUCUCCCCCAACAUUCUAUCCCUUCUAUACGCUUGCGACUUAUCUUUCGCCAGCAAGACUCUUCCAAAGAGCCCAUCACAGCGACCAUCACCACCCCUCGAUUGUCACCCACGCCAUCAGGACCCGCCCCGUCAGACCGCGCAGAUCAUCCCGCGAAGCGAAUGCGUCGAGCUCCCGAACUGCCAAGACGGCCAUUAGAAGGAGGCGGCAAACCACGCCGUGGUCGUGGACGUGGUGGUGCAUCCGCAGGUGACUCGUCUUUCCAUGGCGGCGCUGUCGCUCGUGUGACACGUGCCGAGCGUCGCGCUACCCGCUCGCGAAGAACUAGCGCCGCUCCGGCCACCCUCGAGUCUAUCGGGGCCGAGUCCAAGGCGCUACACGACGAGAUCAAGCGUCUUCAGCUCCAACUGCGCGACGUGUUGGCCGACGGCAACUGCUUGUUUCGCGCACUCGCGGACCAAGUUUGGGGCGAGCAGACUCGCCACGCCGAGGUUCGCCGGCUGAUUUGCGACGAACUCGCGCGUAAUGAGGGAGAACUGCGAGAUUUUGUUGCAGGGUUCCUCAUUGAAGGCGAGACCUACCAAGCCUACGUUGACCGUAUGCGCGGAUUUGGCGUUUAUGGUUCACACAUUGAGCUCGUCGCUGCCACCAAGGUGUUUAAACGCAGCAUCCGUGUCGUCCUCGCCGAGACGUCUUACACUGUCGACUACAAGGGCGAGAUUGAACUGUGCGAUGAGGAGCCGACGAUAGACGAGGUAGCGGUGUCUGAGACCCCGCCCCAAACUCUGGCGCCAAAGCCCCGGCGCCAGACCCGUUCCAGCGCCCCUGCAUCAAAGCCCAUCCCGCGACCCCGCGCGGGCCACACCAUGCUUUGGGUUGCCCUAUUCUCCAGCGCCGAGCAUUACCAGAGUGUACGCCGACAGGGCCCCGGCUCCAGCUCAGGGCCGGCCGAGGUGCCGGAUUCGCUCGCCAUCCCCCACGAGCGUGACCAGAGCGAGGCCGCACAGGCCGAGCGGGCUGAAGGCUCGACCAACGGACAUGCACGAGCAACUCCGAGCGUCUCGGACGCCGCUGCGGCGCGUUUCAUAGCCGACGGACGAGUGGCACAGGUCAUCGCCUCGCUUCCGGACUGGGAGAAGACCAAGAUCAGCGACGCCGAUGUCGCCCAGAUCCUCGUCCGCACAGAAGGCGACGUCAGCAAGGCGAUCGACAUUCUGUACGACCAGCUCGACGCAGAGUCCGAGACCAACGAGACCAGCGAGGACGUGCGUGCGGGUCCGCAGCCGAACCCGAACACGGGUGGCACUGGCGCCCACGCCAUGCUCAAGUAUCGCGAGCACUCGCCGUCUCCCUCCACAACCCCCGAGGGGUCGACGUCGCGCACCGCUUCGACGGCCUCAAACGACAUGCCGCAGACGCCCCGCUCGGAGCCGUCAACGGCGCCCACCUCGCCCCUCUCCAACGCAUCCGAGUACGACGACAAGGACGACAAGGACGACAAAGACGACAAAGACUACGCCUCGCCGCGUGAGCGCGAGCAGAGCACGGACCGCGUCCUGCGCUCCGCCGCCCGCCCUAAGCGCGGCCGCGCGCAGCGCAAGGCUGGCAAGAUGUAGAAUUAGCAGAGCCCAUCAACUAUAUUGGCCUCUUCAUUGGCCUGUUGUAUGCAUUGUACUAUCCAC